CGACAGUCACGUGACGCAGCGUCACACGCUCCUCUGCUUUGUGCUGGCUGCCAAAACACAAACUGUUCAGUCAUUAUCUGCCUGCGGAGAAGGCGGUCCAACACUGAAGAUCACGAAACAGCUCCACCAGCACGCUGAUGCAGCUGGUGAUAACUUUGAGAAACCUGACUGUUGUGGAACUUAAGACACUGGACAUAAACUGCUGCUACUGCUUCUACCUCUGAUCAACUUCUCUCCAGCUGGAUCCAGCGUGUUGGAGACUGAUCUUCUUAAGUGUGUAAGGCUUGGCAGGCCAAGCUACAGCCUCUUGACUUAUGGCAAUUAACACUGAUGUGGAGGACUGGGGUGGAGUUGGGAGUAAUGACUCUGGAGAAAGAGCGUGGCUCUUGCAGAGCCCCAGCGUGGAUUCUGACCGGCUUCUUGAGACAGACAGGAGGAGGAGCGGGGGUGUGUCGUCAUUUGGAGCUGUCUUCAUUGUAGUGAAUGCAGCACUGGGCGCAGGCCUACUCAAUUUCCCUGCAGCCUUCAAUAUGGCCGGAGGAGUUACUGCAGGAGUGAUGCUUCAAAUGUUCAUGUUGAUCUUCAUAAUCAGUGGAUUGGUGAUCCUGGGCUACUGCUCCAAGGUCAGCAAUGAGAGCACGUAUCAGGAGGUUGUUCGAGCCACUUGCGGUAAAGUCACCGGUGUCCUGUGUGAAGUAGCCAUCGCUAUCUACACAUUUGGGACCUGCAUUGCUUUCUUCAUUGUCAUAGGAGACCAGCUGGAUCGCUUGAUAGAUGCGAUAGCUCAUAGACCAGAGGGUGCAGAAAGCUACUGGUACACUGACCGCAAGUUUACCAUCGUUGUUACUGCAGUCCUGAUCAUUCUUCCUCUUUCCAUCCCCAAAGAGAUUGGCUUCCAGAAGUAUGCUAGUACACUGAGUGUGAUGGGAACCUGGUAUGUUACCAUCGUGGUCAUUAUAAAGUACAUUUGGCCCGAUAAAGAGAUGACUCCAGGCUAUGUUCCCCCCAGUUCUGCUUCCUGGACCGCAGUUUUCAAUGCAAUGCCCACCAUAUGCUUUGGUUUCCAGUGCCACGUCAGCUGUGUGCCAGUGUUCGACAGCAUGAGCAAGAAGGAGAUCAAACCUUGGGGCGUCGUUGUCACUCUCAGCAUGAUAAUCUGUCUCUUCGUUUACACAGGAACAGGAGUCUGUGGCUUCCUGACGUUCGGCUCCAAUGUCAGUCAGGAUGUGUUGAUGUCGUACCCCCCCAAUGACAUUGCAGUUGCCAUCGCAAGAGCUUUCAUUGUCAUCUGUGUCAUCACCUCAUACCCUAUUUUACACUUCUGUGGCAGGGCAGUUAUCGAAGGACUUUGGCUGCGUUUCCAAGGCGAGCAGGUGGAGGUGUGCGUCCGUCGUGAGCAGAGGAGGAGGAUCCUGCAGACGCUGGUGUGGUUUGUUGUCACCCUCGUCCUCGCCCUCUUCAUCCCAGAUAUUGGUCGGGUGAUCUCACUGAUCGGAGGAUUGGCAGCCUGCUUCAUCUUUGUAUUCCCAGGUCUGUGUUUGAUGCAAGCCAAGUUGUCAGAGACAGAAGACCGAUCUGCAGGCUGGCAUGGAUUUGUGAUAUUGGCUGCUGUCAUGGUUACGAUUGGAGCUUUCAUCUUCGGCCUCACCACGACCAACUCCAUCUACCAAGAUGUCGUCAGCUAAAAGGAACAGUUUUUAUCGUGGACAGUAGACUCCUUGUUAGAGAAUGAGGGAGGGGUGCUUGGCUGUGUGCUGCUACUUGAACUGCUGGAUAAGAUGAAGAAUCUCAUGACACUCAUUUUAAAUCUCUCUGGCAUGUCACAUCCCUGCUCCAUGUUGAGUUAGAGCUCCACAGGUCUUUUACGCCAUCAGGUAGUCCUCAGAGAAGAUGCCAAGUAACUCUGGACACUUUGCCUUUUAUUUGAUGUACAGUUUAAAUGGCAUGUUUUUUUUAUGAUUUUUAACUUGCAGUGGAACCAGUUUUGACAGUUUAGCCGUCCCACAGGGUGCAGAAUGACUUCCCUGUCUCUGACCCUGUACGGACGACACGCUGUCCUGUUUACAAGAGCUGAAGGACUUUGUACAGAAAGGUCUUACAAUCAAAUUGAUUUUAAUGAUGAAAUUGUACCAAUUUGUGUAUUUUAACUUUGCAUGUUAAAUGUUUCUUAUUGAAAAUGACAUGCAGUGGUUUCCAGGUCCAGACUUUUAAGUUGACGCUGCUGUUACUUUGUCAACAUGAAAUCUAACAGACAGGUUUGCAUCAAUGUUUUAUCUGUAGGGCUGGGCAGUUCAAGUCUUGGUUUAAUUUCAGUCAGUACUCCUUAAUGAGUUGAAAAAUAUUUUUUUCAGCUGUUCUGGCAAAGCAAAUAUUUACAUUUUAACACUUACAAAAAUAAUUGGAGUUAUUUAUUUCAUAUAUUUUCUUACAUAUUUUAUAAGGUUAAGAGACAUACUAUGAUGAUGAUUCUGUAAUUGAAUUUGUGGCCGAGUCAUUUUCAUUCAGACCUGGUUACAAAAGCCACGUUCAUGUGAGCCUGCAGGGCCUUUUCAAAACGCCUAAAAUUAAUUACCCUCAGCCAACUAGGGCAUCCGCGGCGAGCAGCGCCCCCACAUUCAGGAUAUUAAAACUCUUAAGAGUGCCAGUUCCUCACAGAGUGGGUUUAAAAUGAGACAGUCUUUGUGAAUGUAUGCAAAACAUGGAUGUAACCUACACAGAAUUCAGUUUGCACAUAAUUUACAGGAAAUACUUGCUCUGGGUGCAUAGACCAGGGACAGCAUGUAAACCUGAGGAUUUGUCUACUUGAAUCAGAACGCACCACUGUAGAUAUUUCUAGUUUUGUUGUUAAACCUAAGACCAAAGUGUGAGCUUUUGUUCUUUUUAAUGCUCCAAUAUUCAUUCUACUUAACACUAAUUAAAAUGUUCAUAAUCACAAUUAUUGAUAUCAUUAAACUGUCUUGCAAGAGAUUAAUAUUCAAGCGCUUACAAUGACAGUUCAAGACAGACUUCAAGACAGUGAAUUAAAUCCCUGCUUUGGUUUAUUUAAUCACUAAUAAUCUUGGGUACGUUAUGAGUUAUGAUCCAUAAUCUAUAAUCAAAGUGAGAUUCAAUACUUGACAACCUUUUGUUUUUUUAACUGUCAAUUGUAUUAUAACCAAAAAGUUUUAUUUGUGGACAUGAGGGACAGAAUGUAAAAGGGAUUGCAUUAGUCAAUUAAGAGGAAGUGAAGAAGCUAUAGUCAAAACAGUACUGCUGUCAGACCUGUACAAACAAUCAGUUGUUGGAAUACAAAGACUUUGUAGUCUAAUAGGUUAAGGUUUGUUGUUGAACUGUUUGUGUCAAAUCUCUUUAACCUUUUGGUGCUGCAGACAACCGUUUGUCAGGUCAUGAGUGAACGUUUGUUGCAAUUAUGAUUUCUGUCUUAAGAUGUACAUUUUCUUUCCAAGAUAAUCAGAGAUCAUGUGACCCUGUUGUCUCUCUCAGACAGCUGAUUUGCAAAUAUGAAGUUCAUGGAAAGUUUUAACAGCUCUGCCUGUGAUGUACCAAUUAAUGAACUACGAUCAAAGCUUGUGAAUAAACUGGACAAUCUGUAAUAUGA